AAACAAAUCCGAAAACAAGGCGGGGUUUGAAUUUGACGACAGCUAUUUGAAAAACUACAGGGCAACCAUGCAUUCCGCAGCCAAGAGGAAGUGGCUCUCAUAAGAGUCUUUGCAAUAAGUAGCAAAAGAGGGAUGAAAAAUGAAAAUCCUUUGUGUCGAUGGAGUUGUAGCGCUCCAGUUUCUCAUGCCGCCGUGUGCCUUGAGGUAGACCUCUACAUGGGCAAUGGACCGAGAACUGCUGUGGCAGCGGCGGUUGCGCGACGUUGGCUGGAUACCGAGAACGUCCCGUCACUCGGUGACGAAUAUGGAUUUGUACCGCCAGAGACACACUGCCGUCGAGGCGUUAUUCGACAGGACCACGAGGGAGGCAGCUUGAGCCCCUCCACAACAGUUUCAGCAAUCAGCGAUUUGCACUGGUCGACGUUUCGCUCAGUGUAGGGUGCUUGCCCUGCUCCGGUAAGCGGCAACGGCGUUCUUCAGACACUCACGUUGGGCCUUGCUUCCCCUCCCCUGACAUCGGUUUUGUGUGCGUGUGCUUCUACGGUUCGGCCAGAACAAUGUCGCUUUCACUGAACGACUUUGCUUCCCGGCUUCCCUCAUUGAAGUUCAAAAUCUUUUUUUCCAAAUAAACUGAGGAGCAACAUGUCGGGCAGACGGAGCUAGUGCAAAUGUACGACAAACGCUCUCCCUGUUCCACUGAAGGAGCAACGCGUCGGGCAGCAG